AUGGCCAUGAAGCUAACUGUCUCCAUUAUUGAAUGCAAGAAUCUAAUCGUGGGAGACUUGAUUAGCGGAUUGGCCGAUCCCUAUGUUAUUGCCACCAUCAAUGCUCCUGCCAAAGAAAUCCGAGAAAGUGAAGAAAAACUCUUUCCUUCUCCAUCAGCCAUCAUUCGAGAUCAUAAAUCCAUUCUAGCUCAACCCUCUGUGAACUUGCAGAUUACAGAUUCCACAAAUUCUUCAUUUACAUCACAACAACCUCUUGUUCCAAAUAUGGUCAUGACCACAACAACACGAAGAGUUUCAUCCGCUUCAACAUCACCUACUGUGAACACGGCCAAUGUUCGAGGAAGAUUAUCCAUUGUGAGCAGUAAAAGUUAUUUGAAUCAUAAUCAAUCACCAAGUCCUACAACGAAUAAUGCAAUGAAUGGAUCUGUGGUAUCAUCGGUGAAUGAUUCUUCUUCUCCUUCACAAAUCAAUGAAAUGACAAAUGUCACUUCGACAUCGACCAGUUCAAACUUGGAGUGUGACACUACUCAUCGACAGGAAGAAGAGAAUAUUGGAAAAACUAAAUCGUCAUCAGCAAAUACGCCCUAUGUGAACAAGGCUCCGUGUGACUUUAAGAAUCGAAAAAUUAUUGCACAAAAAAAGACUGAAAUUAUUUAUAAUACUUUAAAUCCAAUAUUUACGAAUGAGUUUUUGACUGUGGAUAAUAUUAGAGAUGUUUUAGUGAUAAAAAAUUGGUUGUUGACUUUGGAAGUGUAUGAUUAUGAUUAUGUGAAAUAUGAUGAUUACCUGGGAAGUGUUGAAAUUUCAUUGGAUCAAGUCCAAGUACUUGAACCCAUGAUAUUAACCAUACCACUCGAAGGAGUUCCUCACGGAGAAAUAACCAUUGAUAUUAAUCUUGGAGAAGAAUCACAAAUAUUUGGAGUGGAUAUUGAAAAAGUCAUGUCACGCCAUCGUGAAAAAUUACAUGGGAAAGGUCUUCCAAAAGUUGUGCAUGACAUGUUUGUUUUUCUUUCAGAUGAUUUAUCGACUGUAGAGGAGGGUAUUUUCAGAAUACCAGGAAAAGUAGACAGUGUGCUAGCUCUUAAGAAACUCUAUGACAAGUGUGAAGAUCGAGAAAUUAGAAAUUUUAUUUUGGAACAAGAGAAAAUCAUGCUUCAAGAUAUAGAGCAAAAACAGCGUUCAAGUGGAAUGGUGAAAAUUGUAGCCUCUCUUUUAAAGGAUUACCUUAGAUCACUACCUGUACCUCUCUUGACCUAUGCUUUGUAUGAUGAAUUUGUAAAUUUGAGUGGCGACCAUGAUGAAGCCAUUCUGGAAACUGUACAAAAGCUUCCACCAUUGAAUCAGCAUUUACUGUACUGGCUCUUGGCUCUCAUUGACCUGAUCAUUGCCAAGACGCAACAAAACAAAAUGACUGCUUCAAGUUUAGCAAGCGUCAUUUCUCUCAAUGUGUUGAAAAGAAAGGAAGACAAAGCCAACCAAUCUGCACUUAAUUUGGAAUCUGUCAGACUGGAAACAGACAAAGUCAUUAGAAGUUUAGAAAUACUCAUUACCAAGUACAAGACUGUGCUGUACCCUUACUUUUCAAAGACAUUCACGUUUUUCAAGUGA